AUGGCUGUGGACACAGAGACCUUCUUGCACCUGUCGCGGCCUUUGGCGCCCACAGUGAACCUGCAGAGCAGCAUUGCCCCGCUCUCCGUCAACAUCCAGCCUCACGCCAUCCUCUCCAUCCUCGACCAUGCUGUCCGCCGCGACAUCCCCGCCACCCCGACCACAUCCUCGCGCGUCAUCGGUGCCCUGAUAGGAUCCCGCAACGAGGAUGGCAGCGAGGUGUCCGUGUCCUCCACCUUCGCCAUCCCCCACACCGAGAACGAGGACCAGGUCGAGGUCGACGUCGAGUACCAGAAGAACAUGCUCAGCCUCCACCUCAAGGCAUCGCCCCGCGAGACGCUGCUCGGGUGGUACACGACGUCGCACGAACUUAACAGCUUCAGCGCUCUCAUCCAGAACUUCUUCGCCAGCCCCGAGACAGGCACCUUCCCCCACCCGGCCGUGCACUUGACCGUCUCCACCGACCCCGGCGCCGAUGUGCAGCUCAAGUCCUACAUCUCCGCCCCCGUAGCAGUCAACGCGGAGCGCGCUGCCGAGAGCUGCCUCUUCAUCCAAGUCCCCCACAAGGUCACAUACAACGAUGCUGAGCGGUCCGCCCUCGAGCUCAUCUCCUCCGCCAAGGACAACGAGUCGCAGACUGCCACCAUCCCCUCAGAUGUUGAGGGUCUGGCCCGCUCCAUGGAGUCUACCAUCGACCUCCUCGACCGCGUGUCCGGCUGGAUUGGCGAGAUUCUCGACGAGGAGCGCGAGCCCAACAAUGCCUUGGGCCAAUACCUCAUGUCGGCAUUGUCACUUGCUCCCAAGGUCGACGCUGCCAGCAUCGAGCACGACUUCAACAACCACAUCCAGGAUGUCCUCAUGGUUUCGUACCUGGCCAACAGCAUCCGCACGCAGAUUGACCUGAGCCAGCGGUUAGCAACAGCUACCCUUGACGAGACCAAGGUCGACAAGGACGACAGCAAGGACAAGGGCGACCGUGGUGACAAGAGAGGCGGACGUGGCGGCCGAGGAGGCCGUGGCGGCGGCCGCGGUGGAAGAGAACAACGCGAGCCCAGGGAGCCGCGCGAGCCUGCCGAGUAA